CAUCCCCAAUCCUCUCGACCCGAAAUCGCCCACCACUAUAGCUGUGCCCGCUCAUUCCACAAAUUCAAACAAUAGAUUAUUGCCAUUCGAUACCUAGACCCUUUUCGAUCAUACCUCUCAAUACGAUAAUCGAGCUCCACCAAGGACCCUUCAUCUCCACUCGUACACCUGCCUCACCUUCCAGCCAGACAUCUGAUGAACCCACGACCGCGAGUCCUCAGCACUGCCAUAUUGACUGACCAUCUUGCCGGCCUCUACAAUCAGGAUUCUCUGACGUCCUGCCUGCUGCGAUGAUGGCGGGGUCCAAAUUCGAUACCUUUACAGUCUUUCCGAAUCUUCCGAAAGAGAUGCGAUUAAUGAUAUGGGAACGAACUUUGCGACCUAGGAUCGUCAAUUUAAGGCAGAGGAAUUUGAAUAAGACAAUUGGGGAGUGGGAGACUGAGACUGGAAAUACUUGGCCACCGCCAAAGGGGGGAAUGAUGGGAGAAGACGCGGAGGAAGAGGAUAACCAUGUUUUCCUGGAUCUGCGAGAGAGCUCUAGGUGGCGAGGAAGAGAGAGGGCUGCACUGGCCGACUCGCUCAAUGCCAAUAUCUUUGACGAAGAUGCGUAUAAGGAAGCCCACCUAGUGGGACUGAUUUCCGAUUGCCCGCCGCCGGAAAUCCUUCGCGUCUGUCGGGAGGCAUUUCAAGUUGUUUCGAAGUCCUACCACAAGGUUUUCUCACCUCUUGGAUCGAUACCUACCACGUGGUUUUGUUUCGAGCUCGAUACGUUAUAUCUACGGCAUGAUAACUUUUCGGUUUAUUAUGCUGAUGGCAGUUUGGUUUCUGUUACUUACGACCUUGGUGACAGCGCAUUUAACAUGCUGGAUAUGGAUAACCUAUUGAAGGUGAAAAAAAUCGCACUACUUUUGACGGGAGAUAACGAUGAUGCGAACAUGCCAUUAGAGAAGUUCAUUGCGGCGCUCGCUAGCACGAUAGGUGGUCUGGAGAAUCUGUAUUUGGUGGUGAAGCAUUAUGAAAAGGAAGGCCAGGAUGCAACAUGCCUCUCCAUUACGGAUCCUAUAAAUUUCGCAGAGACCAUCAGGAGUUACAAGUUUUUCAACCCGACAGCAUGGUGGGAGGAAGUCGCUGAAGAAGUUCCCUUGAACAGCACGGAAUCAGAGGUGAAUUUGGAGGAUCUUGAGAGGAUACUGGCAGAAGACGUUAGCAGAGGCAAAACUUCCUGGAAUAUCCCCAAGAUAGAGACGAAAGUGGUCCUUGAUAGGGAGUACGCAGGGGAGCUCGCGAGGGCGAGACGUGCUGCGAAGAUGAAGGUAGAUGAGCUCGUCAAGGAGCACAAAGCUUAUGAGAUGGAAAGAGAGAGAGAGAGAGAGAGAGAUAAAGACUGGAACGAGUAACUGGAAUGAUAUUAGUGAUUCUGACGAGGACUUCGGACUUUUUACUUAGAUAUGCUGGAGAAUCUAUUGAUGUUUCGGAAGUAUCAUCGCCGUCAGGUGCAGUAUUCACCAGCAAUACGACUCCAAUCAACAGUUGCC